GAAUAAAUGCACAGAAUCCAAUCAUAAUGGUCAGUAUUGACAUAAUCAUAGCAGACUGUUUGCACUAGACUCUGCCCCUUCGCGCUGCGGUAUUCCCUCCAUCGACGCGUGCGUAAAGUUCCGGUUAAACUAGUUGGUGCGCUAAUUAUCUCACACAUGAUCCCGGGUCAGAGGGGGACGGUCCAGCCCUCCCGCCGCCGCACUCCUCUGCUCGGGCAAAUGUUGCCUCGUUUUCUGGUUGCGUGGAAACUAAGAAGCUGCAGCUCCGGGGCGCAGGAGCGUUUCUCCUGCGGCGCAUGAUCGUGCACAAGUUAAACGGACGGCGAGGGGAUCUGAUGGGAGCGAAGCAGAUGCUCCUACGCUGCAGAAAACACACAGCCAGAAACAAAUGAUGGAAGGGAAAAGGAAAGCCGAGAGGAGGUUCUGCAGUAGCUGGAGAGAUUGAUGUGGACCUCAACCCUCAACUCAAACAGUCCUACUGAAGAAUGCUCAUUCUCCACAAUGCCCUUGCUUACAGACUGGCUACUGCGCCACUCAGUGGUCAUGUGUUUGCUGCUGCACAGUUUGGUCCUGCUGACCUUCUGCUUUCAUCAUGCUGCCACCACGUGCUCCAACCGGUGCUACUGCUCUGAGAGCGAGACCGGAGGAAAGACGGUGCGCUGCAGCAACCUUCAGCUCACAGAGAUCCCACUGGACAUCCCCAAUGACACACAACGCAUCUACUUGGACUUUAACCUUUUGACCUCGGUCCCAACGAACGCUUUUGGAGGUUUAUCCAACUUGAUUGAACUGGACAUAUCGCAUAAUGAAUUAACCCAGCUCGAGCCCGGUGCCUUCAGAGGCCUCGGCCCCUCGCUUCAGUUCCUAGACCUGUCCUCGAACAAGUUAGUUAACUUUAACCCCGAGGCCUUUGAUGGCCUACGGGCAUAUGCCAACCUAACGAACAAUCCAUGGCACUGUGACUGCAAUUUGCAGAUGGCCAUGCCCCGCGUGGACCUGGAGCCUGUGUCGCUCACAGGCAUUGUGUGCCAGACUUCUGACCCAGAGGAAAUAGGCGUUGAAGGACAUUCCUUCCUGUUGAAACCAGACAUUGACUUAUGCGUAGUGAUGAAGAAGACUACAGAUGUUGCCAUGCUGGUUGUAAUGUUUGGCUGGUUUACGAUGGUCAUCUCCUAUCUGGUUUACUACGUGAGGGCUAAUCAAGAGGACGCCCGCAGACAUCUGGAGUAUCUGAAGUCUUUGCCCAACCGGCAGGGCAGGUCAGAGGAGUCUUCCACCAUAAGCACUGUGGUUUAGCGCUAAUAUAACAACACAUGUUACUGAAAUUGUAUCUCAUAAUGAUGGGGCUUGCGACGCGGCCUGUACUUACACGGCCACCAUCGGUGUCACCCAAGACGGAAACAAGUUCCUGCAGCGGAAGCUCCAGCAUUUGCAACUUGUUCAGAUGAAUAAUUCAUCUUUCAACAGACCAUCAAGACUUUUUUUUCCUUAGUUGAUGGCCUAAGCUAGUAAAAGCAGUGGUGUGUUUCUGGUGAGUAUGGGACACAAAUGGGAUUCAUCCGGUGGUGCGUGCACUUUGAUGCACCAACAGAGACAAGACACAGCUGUAUGAACACCAGAGGAACGAGCUUCAUGUACAAAUGCCUUUUCUAUUAAUAAAAUCCCUAUGAUAUGCACACAAAUGGUUUAAGUGAACUUAAGUUUUGCAUGGACUCUUUUGAACGAGUCUGUUUAUAGAAUUGAGUCCACUUCCUCCUGGAGAGAAAAGCACAGGAAUUCAGUUUUUCAUGAAGGGGCUGUGUGUUUGAUACUAACCCAUCAGGCACAGCAUGUCUAUUAGAUUACUCAUACAUCUAUUGCAGAUAUCUACUGGACAUCUCUGAUUUUAUUACUCUAUAAGAG